AUGAGUAUUGUCAACAUUACAAACAUAAAAGUUUUAAAUAAUCCAGCUCUAUUCACAGAAACAUAUCAGUUUGAGAUUACUUUUGAAUGUAUAGCACCACUUGCAGAAGAUUUAGAAUGGAAGAUCAUUUAUGUUGGUUCUUCAGAAAGUGAACAAUAUGAUCAAGUUCUUGAAAGUAUUAUGGUUGGGCCUGUCCCCCCCGGCAUUAAUCAAUUUAUAUUUGAGGCACCAGCACCGAACGUAGAUCAAAUACCGUCAAAAGACAUUUUAGAUGUGACGGUGAUUCUCAUUACUUGUUCAUAUAAAAAUCAAGAAUUUGUUCGUGUAGGAUAUUAUGUUAAUAAUGAAUAUGUUGAGGAGGCAUUGAGAGAAGAACCACCAGAAGAUGUGGCAUUGGAUAAACUUUAUCGCAACAUUUUAGCAGAUAAGCCAAGACCGCAAAAAAAAUUAAGAAAGAACAAUAACAUACAUGGAAUAGAGGUUAUGAAUCAUCAAAAGGAAAUAGUCAUUGUCAUUAUUAUAAUAAUCAGCAAUCACACAAAUGGCAGUGGAAGCAGUAUUAGAUUAACAUUAUGUGCUCAGAUACAUUACUCACAGCAGUAUAUUGCAUGUAGAUCUUACAUUUGUUGUCAUUUAUUUCAAUUUGUGGAAAGAAUUGAUAAACUUUCACAAAAGUCAUCUGAGAAAACACAAAUACAAGGGUCGGGAUGA